AUGAGCGAGCCCGCUCCCGAAACACCCACAGCACAUGUACCUUCAUCCACAACGCGAGAACGGACAGACUCGCAAUCGACCACGGCAACCACUGCGACGAGAAGUUCUGUGCGAUCAACUAGAAGCAGCAUGGUCUUCGUGAUAGCGGCAUUGGAGAACAUCGCUGCUUCCAAGGAUGCACGGAAGAGGAAGCCGUUGCAGGAUGCGACUCAGCGAGCACUCUCGGCGAUCAAGAGCGCGCAAGGAGAUGCUUCACAGAUCGAUCCCGAAGUCCUCUUCAUACCAUUGAACCUGGCCACCGAAGCCUCGACUGUCGCGGUGGUCGUCACCGCACUGGACUGCAUUGGCAAGCUGAUCAGCUACUCGUAUUUCUCCGCGCCUGCAGCAGUCGAUACCGAGUCUACUGGACAGCAACGACCGCCACUGAUCGAACGAGCGAUUGACACGAUAUGCGACUGUUUUCAGGGAGAGGCCACACCUGCGGAGGUGCAGAUGCAGAUAAUCAAGAGCUUGCUGGCAGCUAUUCUGAAUGAUAAGAUUGUGGUACAUGGUGCUGGAUUGUUGAAGAGCGUGCGGCAGACAUACAACAUCUUCUUGCUGAGCAAGAACAGUGCGAACCAGCAGAUUGCACAGGGAACUUUGACGCAGAUGGUCGGAACAGUAUUUGAGCGAGUAAAGACGAGGCUGGCACAUAAGGCACUACGGGACACUUCAAGUACGACUCUGACGAACGGCAAUACCGAGACCAACUCCGAGGCCGGUACACCCGCAGCGCAGACACCGACUGUGGCCGAAGUGGAGAAUCCCAUGGAGAGCGAGGGUCCAAAGAUGACACUGGCCACGUUCGAGACUCGAAAGUCCUUUGACGAUGCCAGAAUUACGGACACAGCGCCGACAACAGUCACACGAGCGACGAAGCGCUCCAAGCAGCCCUCAAGAGUAACAUCUGGAACCGACGUGCCGUCUAUCACUGUUCAGAACGACGAUGACCAAAUAAUGAACGAGGACGAAGAAGAGGACGAGAUCUACAUCAAGGAUGCCUUCCUCAUCUUCCGAGCAAUGUGCAAGCUGUCGACGAAAGCACUACGGCCGGAGGAUGCUGUUGAUAUCAAAUCGCAGGGUAUGCGGUCCAAGCUGCUCAGCUUACAUAUUGUACAUUCGGUGCUCUUCAAUCACCACGCCAUUUUCACAUCGCCGCACGCCACGAUCCGGAAUUCCUCAAGUGGCGAGCCGAGCACAUUCACGCAGGCAGUGAAGCAAUACCUUUGCCUAGGAUUGAGCAGGAACGGCGCAAGUAGCAUCAGCAGAGUAUUUGAGGUUUCCGCUGAAAUAUUCUGGUUGAUGAUGCGACAUUUGCGAUCACAGCUGAAGCGAGAGCUGGAAGUAUUCCUCAAGGAGAUCUAUGUCGCGAUCCUGGACAAACGAGCUGCCCCUGGAUGGCAGAAGAGCUAUAUUGUACAGCACAUCUUCACACGUCUCGGAGCGGAUCCAAAAACGCUGGUCGAGCUGUACCUCAAUUACGACUGCGAUCGACAAGCGCUGGACAACAUGUAUCAACGAAUCAUCGAGCAUGUCAGUCGAAUAGCGAGUCAGCCAAUUCCAGUCAGUGGAAUACAACAGCAAGCGUACCAGGAGAAUGUGGCGAAGUCAAACAGCAGCAUGAACGACUGGCGGGACCGAGGGACUUUGCCUCCCAGUCUGGCGACGGCGAACAUGACGUCGCAGUCGGAUCAUGACCAUGCCUUCCCGCCGGAGUAUGCUCUGAAGAUGCAGAGUCUGGAGUGCCUUGUGGAAACACUGCGAAGCAUGGUGAAUUGGAGCCAGCAGUCGCCGCAGGAGACUGCUGCCGCCGCAUUGGGCGACGAGCGAUUCUCGACGGAAGAUGUGAGGGAAAGCAUCGACACGAGAAAUGAGACCACCCUCAGCAGUCCCCAAAACGAGGGCGUUGUAGCCGCAACACCUAAUAUACCCGAAGCAGCCGUCGCCGAGGACGAUCCCGAAGAGCUUGAGAAGGUGAAAGCAAGGAAGACGGCGUUGAACGAUUCGAUCCGGGCAUUUAACUUCAAGCCGAAGCGCGGGAUCAAGAUGUUGUUGUCAGAAGGAUUAAUACCUUCAUCCGACCCAACAGAAAUCGCGCGGUUCCUGAUCUCCCACGAGCGCAUCAACAAGAAGUCUUUGGGAGAAUUUCUCGGCGAGGGCGACGAGGAGAACAUCAAGAUCAUGCACGCAUUUGUGGAUCAGAUGGACUUCACCCGGACACGAUUCGUGGACGCACUGCGAAGAUUCCUGCAAUCAUUCCGUCUGCCUGGAGAGGCCCAGAAGAUUGAUCGACUGAUGUUGAAGUUCGCCGAGCGAUAUCUGACCGGCAAUCCGAAUGCUUUCGCUAACGCAGAUACUGCGUAUGUGCUGGCUUACAGUGUCAUCAUGUUGAACACUGAUCAGCAUUCGGCACAGGUCAAGAAGCGCAUGACCGUUGAGGACUUCAUCAAGAACAACCGCGGCAUCAACGACAACGCCAACUUGCCCGAUGAGUACCUGGGAGGCAUCUUCGACGAGAUCAACCAGAAUGAAAUCGUGCUUGACACCGAACGGGCGGAUGCUGCGAAUCUAGGCAUCAUCAACCAGCAGCAGGCCGGCGGCAUAGUCAACACUCUAGCAAAUGUGGGACGAGACUUGCAGAGAGAAGCUUAUGCUCAGGCUAGUGAGGAGAUGAGCAAUCGCACCGAGCAACUUUUCAAGAACCUUCUCCGAGCACAGAAGCGAGCAGGCGGAAACGCUGCAACAGCUGGUGGCAAGACCAGAUAUCUCACAGCAAGCUCAAACAAGCACAUCGGUCCCAUGUUCGAAGUCACAUGGAUGGGUUUCUUGACCGCGCUUUCUGGCUCCGCGCAGGAAACGCAGAAUGUGGAGACGAUCCGCAUGUGUAUGGAAGGACAGAAGCUCGCCAUUCGCAUCGCAUGUCUCUUUGACCUAGGAGAUCCGCGCCAGGCUUUUGUCUCUAGUUUGGGCAAGAGCACGAAUUUGUACAAUCUUUCGGAGAUGAAGGCCAAGAACGUGGAAGCUUUGAAAGCUCUGCUCGAGAUUGCGUCUACGGAAGGCAACCGUCUGAAGGAGAGCUGGCGAGAUGUCUUGACUUGUAUAUCCCAACUGGACCGGUUCCAGCUUAUCUCAAGCGGGGUCGAAGAAGGCGCCGUGCCUGAUAUGCUCCGAUCACAAGCUGCGCCACAGAGCGCUCAGGCCAACGGAGGUGGACGCAGAAGUACCCAACUCGCUCGAAGGGCUACAGUCCGACCUGGAGCGAACGGAACGUACCAAGCUGAGAUCGCAGAGGAGUCUCGCAGCGCAGACAUGAUCCGAGGCGUGGAUCGCAUCUUCACCAACACCGCGAACUUGUCCGGCGAGGCCAUUGUCGACUUUGUCAAAGCAUUGACGCAAGUCAGCUGGCAGGAGAUCCAAUCGUCAGGUCUGUCUGAGUCACCGCGAACGUACAGUCUGCAGAAACUCGUGGAGAUCUCAGGAUACAACAUGCUGCGUGUGCGAUUCGAAUGGACGAAUAUCUGGCAGGUCCUUGGACAACACUUCAUCGAUGUCGGCUGCCACAACAAUACCCACGUUGUGUACUUCGCACUCAACAGCUUGCGGCAACUGAGUAUGCGGUUCAUGGAGAUUGAAGAACUGCCUGGAUUCAAAUUCCAGAAAGACUUUUUGAAGCCCUUCGAGCUCAUCUUGAGCAAUGCAUCACAAGUCGCCGUCAAGGACAUGGUUCUUCGCUGUCUCAUUCAGAUGAUUCAAGCACGAGGCGACAUGAUCCGUUCCGGCUGGAAGACCAUGUUCGGCGUCUUCACGGUAGCGGCGAGGGAGCCAUACGAAAGCAUUGUGAAUCUUGCUUUCGACAACGUCACGCAGGUCUUCCAUGAUCGAUUUGGUGUUGUGAUAUCACAGGGUGCUUUCGCAGAUCUCGUCGUGUGCUUGACGGAGUUCAGCAAGAACAUCAAGUUCCAGAAGAAGAGUUUGCAGGCUAUUGAGACGCUCAAGUCUUCCGUGCCGAAGAUGCUCAGGACGCCGGAAUGCCCACUGUCGCAGAAAGCCGCGGGUGCCAAAGAUGCACCUCAAGCGGAAGGCCUCCCUAAACAGCCGAGCCGACAGACACAAGAGGAGCAGUAUUGGUUUCCUGUGCUGUUCGCGUUUCAUGAUGUUCUCAUGACUGGUGAAGAUCUUGAGGUGCGAUCGCGGGCACUGAACUACCUCUUCGAUACCUUGACACGAUUCGGUGGCGAGUUUCCUCGAGAUUUCUGGGACACUCUGUGGCGUCAGCUUCUGUACCCGAUUUUCAUGGUGCUCAAGGAUCGCAAGGCCAUUAAUCACGAAGCCGCCAAUCACGAGGAGUUGUCAGUCUGGCUUUCGACUACGCUCAUCCAGGCAUUACGGAACAUGAUCAGCUUAUUCACUCACUUCUUCGACAGCCUGGAGUACAUGCUUGACAGAUUUCUCGAUCUACUCGCUCUUUGCAUUUGUCAAGAGAAUGAUACACUAGCGCGGAUUGGCAGCAACUGCUUGCAACAGCUUAUCCUGCAGAACGUCAAGAAGUUCACACCGAGCCACUGGGAACGGAUCGUUGGAGCCUUUGUAGACCUUUUCGCGCGAACUGAGGCAAAAGAGCUGUUCUCGGCGGCGACAUCGUCUUCAUACUCCAAGGACAGCUCGUACUCGAACGGGGUGUCAGACUCAUCGAAGAUCGCGGACGAUGGCAGCUCUAUCAUCUCUGCCAGCGCUCUGAACAUCAACGGCGACGAUUCGACUGAGGGGAUGAACGGCCACGGCCGUCAGACGGAAAGAAGCAAUUCCCUAGCACUAUCCACCGAUCAUGAGCGAAGUCCCUCACCCUCUGCCGCACUCCAAGGCCGCAAGCCCUCCGAGUUGGAAGACUUCGCCUCCGGCCCGGCCAAGCAACAAGCCCCCGUCGUGGUGACCGCCGCCCGCCGCCGCUACUUCAACCAAAUCAUCACGAAAUGCGUGCUACAACUCCUCAUGAUCGAAACAGUCUCCGAGCUCUUCAACAACGACGCCGUUUACGCCUCCAUCCCCUCUCACCUCCUCUUACGCCUUAUGUCCCUCCUCAAGAAAUCCUACCACUUUGCCAAACGCUUCAACGAGGACCGCGAACUGCGCACCCGUCUCUUCCGCGAAGGCUUCAUGAAACAACCCCCAAAUCUCUUAAAGCAGGAAUCCGGCUCCGCGAGCGUCUACGUCCUCAUUCUGCUGCGCAUGUACUCCGAUCAAAGCUCCGAACGUACCGCUAACCGCCCGGAAACCGAAGCGGCGCUCAUACCGCUGUGCAGCGACAUCGUGGCGUCUUACAUCUCGCUCGACGAAGAGACGCAACAGCGUAAUAUCGUCACCUGGCGGCCUGUCGUGGUUGAUGUGUUGGAGGGCUAUACAUCUUUUGCGGAUCCGGAGUUCGAGAAGCACAUCGAGACUUUUGCGCCAUUGGCGGUGGGAUUGAUGAAUCGCGAAAUGGGUCCGGAAUUGCAGCGGGCUGUGCAAAGUGUGUGGCAGAGGGUCUGUGAGGUCAAGUUGGGGAUUGAUCGCGUGCCGGAAAUGGCGCCGCCUGCGCCGACGAGUCCUAGAGCGACGAAUGUGUUUGGGAGGCGAGGGAGUGUGAGGAGUUUGAAGACGCCGACGGGGUAG